AUGGCACAAAUUCCAACUGAGCAAAUGGCCCAAGUCGUCGAGGCCGUCGGAGGACCUCUCUCGUACAAGAAGAUCCCCGUCCCCCAGCCCGGCCCUGACGAGGUCCUCGUCAACAUCAAGUACAGCGGCGUCUGCCACACCGACCUGCACGCCAUGAUGGGCGACUGGCCCAUUGCGCCCAAGAUGCCCCUCGUCGGCGGCCACGAAGGCGCCGGCGUCGUCGUCGCCCGCGGCGCCCUCGUCGGCGACGACGUCCAGCUCGGCGACCACGUCGGCGUCAAGUGGCUCAACGGCUCCUGCCUCGCCUGCGCCUACUGCCAGGCCGCCGACGAGCCCCUCUGCGGCGCCGCCCAGCUCUCGGGCUACACCGUCGACGGCAGCUUCCAGCAGUACUGCGUCGCCAAGGCCGCCCACGUCGCCCGCAUCCCCAAGGAGUGCGACCUCGCCGAGAUUGCGCCCCUGCUGUGCGCCGGCAUCACUGUCUACAAGGGCCUCAAGGAGUCGGGCGCCCGCGCCGGCCAGUCCGUCGUCGUGGCCGGCGCCGGUGGCGGCCUCGGCUCCCUCGCCUGCCAGUACGCCCGCGCCAUGGGCCUGCGCGUCAUCGGCAUCGAUACCGGCGACGAGAAGCGAGCCCUCGUCCAGAGCUACGGCGCCGACUUUGUCGACUUUCGCUCCUCAAAGGACAUUGUCUCCGAGAUUAGGGCCUUGACCCCCGACGGGCUCGGCGCCCACGCCGCCCUGCUCCUCGCCGUCCAGGAGGGCCCCUUCCAGCAGGCCACCCAGUAUGUGCGCUCGCGCGGUGUCGUCGUCUGCAUCGGCCUGCCCGCCGACGCCCACUUCAAGGCCCCCGUCUUCGAUACCGUCCUGCGCAUGAUUCAGAUCCGCGGCAGCUAUGUCGGCAACCGCCGCGACACGGCCGAGGCUAUCGAGUUUUACCGCAAGGGCCUCGUCAAGGUGCCCUACAAGGUUGUCGGCCUGAGCGAACUGCCUGCUGUGUAUGAUCUUAUGAAGGCGGGUCAGAUUACCGGUCGCUAUGUUCUGGAUACCAGCCGCUAG